AUGGUAGCGAAGGUAUCCUUCAAUUACUGUCAGUUUGAGAAACAAAAAAUCAAAGAGAGCUACGAACCACAACACGGAGGAGUUGCAAUACACAUUCGCAACUUCCAGCUCCCAGUGUACGUCCCACACACAAGACCUCUUCUCGAAGUAGAGUUUUCCAACUGCACAUUCAGGGACAACAUACCAAAACCGAAUGCUUCUUCUACCUCUCUCUAUGCUGCAGAGUCCCACAACGGAGUCCUGUUCAUUCAAGGGAUUGACAGUGCGACAUUUUCAGGGUGCAUGUUUGUCAACAAUAAUUGCAGUGGGAUUGUAUCAAUUCAGAGUUUGUUGAUCAUUCGAGGUGAAAACAUCAUUCACAACAAUACUGGAGUAAGAGGUGGUGGAAUGGUCCUCUGCUCAAGGUCAAUCAUAUUCCUGCAUAAUAAUUCACUCCUCAAUAUCACCGAGAACAGAGCAAAGGAAUUUGGUGGUGGGAUAUACGUUGAGAGUGAAUGUGACCAGGAUGUUCCCCACUGCUUCUUUCAGGUCAACAAUACUCAUAUCACUUUCAAUGACACACGUGUGUCUCUUGUCAACAACACUGCACUAGCAGUCAUGGUAGUCGUUGUUGGCCAGAGGAACGGAACAGCUCCCGGAGCAGUAAAAGCUAUUGCCGGGACAAACACCUCACUGGGGAGCCUGCAGACAACCCAGGAUGUCACAGUCAGUUGCACACCUCUCAAUUACACAGUCUACACGUCCCUCUCUCGAACAAAGAUUGAACUUCGUGUCCAGCACUCUCUUUUAUCGCCCGCACCCACUCUCAAAAUCAACCGAACUUUUGUUAAAGUAAACUUAAAGGGGUGUCCGAUAGGAUUUGUACUCUCUAGUGGGACGUGCACAUGCUCAGAGACACUGGCUGGUAAACCUGGUGUAGAUUGUUUUCUUGAGCCCUAUCCCACAAUCAGACGCAGCUCUUACUCCUGGAUUGGAUACCACAACAGCUCAGACCCCAGUAAAUCUGGGAUCAUCUACCAAAAGUAUUGUCCCUCGGGCUACUGUCAUGUGGGUACAGUAGACAUUAAUUCUUCUGAAAUUAGCUUUGAGCAGAAUUCUCAGUGUGCCCAUUUUCGUAUGGGGUUACUCUGCGGGAGUUGCCCGCCAAAUAUGAGUGCAAUCUUUGGGAGUCCCAAGUGUAAGGUUUGCUCAAACAAAUUCCUUUCACUAAUCAUUGCUCUCGCUGUGGCUGGAGUGGCACUUGUGGCCUUUCUGAACCUAUCAAAUCUUACAGUUACCAGUGGGGAAAUAAACGGACUCACUUUCUAUGCCAAUGUAAUGCAAAUAACCCUGAAAAACGUUUCAAAGACAGAUGGUGUGAUAUUUAGUUUCAUAUCAUGGUUAAAUUUAGACCUUGGGGUACAUACAUGUUUUUACAAUGGAAUGGAUGCAUUUGGCAAGGUUUUCCUCCAGUUUGUCUUUCCCACGUAUCUGUUUGCUUUGGCCUUCCUCAUUAUUUUUCUCUGCCGCAAAUACCAGAGACUUGCAAACUGUAUGGGUAACAACGCAGUAAAAGUACUUGCAACGCUAUUUUUCAUCUCCUAUGCUAAACUCUUACGCAUCAUCGUCUUGGUGUUUAACGUGUCGAUAUUCACGUACCCAGACAAUUCAUCUGAGUGGAGGUGGACUGAAGACGGUAGCAUUCUCUUUGCAAGAGGGAAACACUUGGCCCUUGUCGUGUGCGGCUUUGGUGCAGUAUGCUUCUCCCUUCCCUUCACUGCCAUUCUAACAUUCCACCCGUGCAUGCAGAGGUCUAGUAAAAAGUGUUUCAAGUGGAUCCACAGACUGAAACCACUACUCGAUGCCUACAGUGGCGUUUACAAAGACAGGUACCGGUUUUGGACCGGACUUCUUCUCUUUGCCCGUCUCUACCUCUUUCUCACCUUUGCAGUCGACGUCCAUCAGAUUUCCUACUACAAGUCAUUGUCUGUUCUAUUUGUCUGUCUGCUUGUGCUCUCGCUGGGCUGGAUGUUUGGUGGGGUGUAUAAGGACUGCCGACUGGAUGUGCUUGAGGCUUCCUACAUCAUUAACUUGGCCUUAUUCUCUGGGGCUUCACUGAAUGGCAGUGUGUCACAAGAACGAAUCGCUGAAAUUUCAAUUGGAGUGGCGUUUGCUACUUUUCUGUUCACUCUGAUAUGGAAAUUUAGAACGCUGCGUGUGUUCAAAAGAGUUGCGGCAUUUGUGUCACAGAGAGAAGACGCCACAGUGGGAACUGUUCCUUCCCGCAAUAUCUCCUGGUUUAGUAUCUCAGAUCAUCAUGGAGAGGGCAACGAUGGUUCGCUUGACAGAGAAAGCCAACCUCUACUCCCAUGA